AUGGCCACUUCUGAGCAGAAUGCUGAAGCUCUCAAUCACUUCAUCUACCAACCUGUUUCCAAGGACAUGGUAUCCUACUUGGCGCUCAAGGCCUCUCAGGUCAUCCGUUGCGAUAAUACUCCCAUCCACAACAAGGAUCUCCCUCCUACACCGCCAAUCACCCCUACUGAGGAAGGCUUCAACCUCACCCAGGAACCUGCUCUUCCCUCUGUCGAGCAAUUCAUUCAAUCUCUCGUCGACAGAUCUUCAGUUCAAGUCCCCACUCUCAUGACUACCCUUGUGUACCUCGGUCGUCUGCAAGAACGUCUUCCUCCUGUUGCUAAGGGCAUGCGUUGCACAACUCACCGCAUCUUCCUCGCUGCUCUUAUUCUUGCUGCCAAGUCUCUCAAUGAUUCCUCUCCCAAGAACAAGCACUGGGCUCGCUACACUGCUGUCAAGGGAUAUGAGGGCUUUGGCUUCAACCUCAUCGAGGUCAACCUUAUGGAGAAGCAACUUUUGAACCUUCUCAAUUGGGAUCUUAUCGUUCGCGAGAACGAUCUUUACUUCCACCUCGAACCUUUCCUUGCUCCCAUCAGACUUUGGCAGACCCGCCAGGCCGAGAAGGCAAAGCGUGCUCAGCUUCGCGAGGAGAUGAUGCAACAACAACAGCGUCACCUUUCGAUUACUGCAGAACACAUGCACAGGACCUCUCGUACCGACCUUCGUCACAACCUUUGCGACACACCUAUGAGUCUUGCAAGCUCUCGCAGAUCGUCUCGCAUGCCUUCUCUCUCACCUCCUAGCCGUACUCAGUCUGUUGUCUCUGCCUCUUCCGUCGACUCUCCCAACUCCAUCAUUUCAUCGAUGGACGCGACAUAUGAAGAUGUGCCUGUAAGAAUUCAGAGAUACAACAGCGACUACCCUUCGAUGGUUGAGAUCCAACAACCCAAGCUCACUCUUGAUCACUACGAACAACCCUCAGCCAAGAAGCACAGAUCAAACAACAUUUUCUCAAGGUUUCUCUCCACCACUCACUAG